UUCUCCGCGUUUUUUCUUACAAGAGAAAAGAACAAAUAUAUAAACUAAAUCAUAGGGUUUCAGCUUCCAAUCCUCACUGAAUACGUCUGUGUUUCGGUCCCUAUCCUGGAAAGAAAUCAUGUCUUGAUUCGGUGCUGCACUUUCCUAAAGAAAACUUGUAUAAGCAAAUGACCAUGGACGUCUAAGAUCUUCAACGGGGGUCAGCCCACUGUUUGGAAACACGUUAUAUUGACAACAUUGAUUCGGUGUUUUGCUUAAACCCUCUCUCUCUCUCUCUUCCCGUUGCAUGUGCAAAGCAGCAAAGAGAGUAGAUUAUCAGCAACAAAAGAUGGAGAAGGGUAUUCAUUUCCCAUAUCACCCUAUUGAGUUUAUCAUGCCACCUUCUUUAAACAAUGUCAGAGAUAUUUCAAUCAAAACCAUCCCUUCUGCAUCAAAGCCCGAGAUCAAAAAGGUUCUAGAAUCAGUAUAUUCUUACGAAGUUGAAAAGGUACGGACGCUAAAUAUGAAAGGAAAGAAGAAGAUGAGAGGGGGCCGCUUGAUUGCAAAACCAGAUUACAAGAAGGCUUAUGUAACUCUAAAGAGUCCUGUAUCAUUCUCUCGAGAGUUCUAUCCUAUCCGUUUAGUUGAAGAAGAGAGGAAGAGCAUAAAUAAGAAGACAAAAUCAAGCACCAUCAAGGAGUGAGGAAUCUCACUAGCUUCACAGCAAGAAAGUUAUGAGCUGAUUUAUGCCUGAGUAGCAAUCAAGUUAGAGAGGCAGCACUUGCUUUCAGGCUGAUCCACACACUGGUGUGUCUAAGUUUUCAUACAGCAGAAUGUGUCUUUAAAGGCAGUAAGGCUCUUCGGAAAGAUUUUCCUCUGUUUUGUAGUUUAGAUAUCUCUUUUUACUAGGAGUUGGAAAGCAUAAAUGCCCAUUAUCUAUGUUUGAUUACCCAUGCGGGAGACAGAAAGAGUAUUGGCUGCUUUGGUCAAUUGUGAUUUUGAGGAAGAUUUUCUUAUGUUUUGUAAUUGUCUGAGUUAGAAAGCAUAAUUAAAUGUUUUUUCUGUUUGAUUACUGAUAUUGAAGGGGAGGCUAUUGAUUUCGCCAA